AUGGUGGAAGGAUCCACUAUUAUCUACGACUCUCCUCUUUCUGUAGGUGUCCUGCCAGCUAUCAAGAAGGGCACUAAAGUGACGAAGGUGGAGACAACAGAAACCCCAGGUCCCCUGACACCUAAUGAUGGGGAGAUAAUGAUCUCCUAUCCAUCUGUUGAUGACCUCCUGACCCCAAAGAGUGAUGUCACGUCCGAGGUUAAGAGCGAUGAUGCCUCCUGUCCAAUUUCACCUGAGGCGUUCUCUCUAACAAACUUCCUGAAGUCUCACCCUCAGAGAAAGCUUAUCAGGAAGUUCCUCAAACAAAUGAACGUGACAGUAGGCGACCUGGAUGAAAUCAUCGAGUGGGUGGUGUGUGUCUCCAGUGAGGUGUUCCUCCCAGUGAUGGCUCUGCACAGGACCUCCAGACCAGAGUCGUCAGACUCGUCCCGCUGGGGGUCAGGUGUGCUCCAGAUCGUCUCUGAAAAGUUCCACCAGCGGAGUUCUGAGCCGAAGGGAAGGCUCCUGGGCGGGCAGCCGCCCACUCCCCCUUCUGAGACCGACAAGGAGCUUCAGGGCAUAACAGAUCUGUCUGUGAGUAACAUCCUGAAAAGGGCCCAGGAGGACCUCUUCUCUUCUGGUGAGGAUGACCUGGAGAACACCCAUCCAGGUAUUACUCUGACAGAAGAGAAGCUCUCCAGCAUCUUCUCAGAGCUGUUCAGGGAUGCCUGUGAGAGUGCCCAGGAGGCCGCCAGACGGAUCCACCACAUGAGGUCUGGAAGAGGCAACAACAGCCAGAAUGGGAGUCGGCCUGGGUCGUCACAGGGAUCGAGCACAUCCAACAUGCCAGAGUUGGGAGAACUGGGGUCAGUGAGGAGUCCCAAAGGAAGUGACGUCCAUAAAGUCCUUAGCAAGGGGUCCCUCCCUGUCUUUGCCCUGUUUGGGGAGAGGCCAGGGGAAGUUGGGGAGACCAGCAGCCCUGCUGGGGAGAUGGACGAGACCCAGACUGCCAGCACUCCCAGCAUUCCCCGGUCUGGGCAUGGCGGCAGAAGGAGUAGCCAGACCACCACUCCCACCACCGGCCACAGAGAGGCAGGAUUCACAGCCAGUAACAUCUUUGAUGUUAUUGUUCAUCUGGCGCACUCUGACACUGACCGGGAACUCCGCCAGGAGUUCAGCAGUGAGGAUGAUGUUUCACUGAAUGACAUCAUGGACAUGAAGUCAACCCCGGCAGUGGAGCCCCUGGGUCAGAUCCUGUCCUCAUGGAAGCUGGUCAACAUGAUCUUCAGGGGGAAGGUCCACUACUUUGGGAAGGAGCUCAUCUGCAAGGUGUAUCAGAUGCUUCUGGACACCGGUAUGGGCAGGAGGCCAAUGGCCCGCCAGAGCAGGUCCGAGCCCAUCCUGAAAGACCUGGCUGCCAACCGUAGGCUCUCCAAUGAAUUCUUCACAGACGUGCUGUACAUGUUCAUCCAACGGGCCAUUAAGAAUCUGCUGGAGAACUUCUUGGGUCUGCCGACCACCCCACCAGGUAGAGACAUUAUGUGGAAUGACAAAUUUAACUGGAUGUAUAGGGACGGCUGGGGGAACACAUCCAGCGAGGAGGAAUUGUGGGACAGCGACUCCACCUGGUCAAGUGGGCAUGGGCAGGAGGAAGGGACAGAGUCCCGUGGGAGGUGGGCCGCUCUGUUGGAGAAGGGCAGCUUCCUGACCCUCCAGUCCUCCAGCUCCCUCUCCCUCUCCGAUGACAACAAGGAGGCACUAGGGGCCGUCUGCCAGGUCCUGACCACCAGGGUGGGAGACAUCCUGAACAGUACCUGCAACGACGAUUGCAAGGCCAGGCUCAUCAUCCAGAAAGGAUUGGAUUCCGGUGCCAGGGAAAGGUUCCCUGACUCUCCGUGUCCCUCUUCACCCAAGGACGAAGAGGAGGUGGUUGUGAGUGCCAUGACUGUCUCAUACCCUAAACCCUCCACCUCAACCCAGGCAGCACGGGCAGCUCCUGCCCAGACUCUGGACGUUUUUCUGCCCAGACCCUGCCUGGAUGAAGAAGAGGUAGUGCCCAGCUCCUCCUUGAAGGACAACUCUGUGACGACCACCCAUGCAGCACUGGCCGCUCCUUCCCAGACUUUGGAAGAAGAGGUGGGAGAAGCUGAGGUGUCCGAUGUGAGUGACAGCUCCCUGAUGCCCACCAAGGCCCUUGAGAAGAUUCCCUCCCUCCUACCAGGCAAGGUCCUUAUCGAGGAGGACACCCUCAGUUGCAGCACUCCCUGGGCCACCGUCAUGAGCCCCCAGACCCUGAAGUUUAUCCUCCACGGCAUCAUGUGCCGACUGGAGGCCUCAGAGUCCCCCCAGACAAGGAGGGCCAAUGACCCCUUCAGGCUGAUGAAGGAUCUCUUUCUGGAGGUCCAGAAUGCCCUGAAGUAUGCUGACAUCUCUGUCCUCUUUGGCCUGGAGGAGAGCAUCCAAUUCAUUGGGGAGGAUGCGGUGAAGGCCAUCGUGAAGACUGCAGCUAAAAGAUUGUCCCUGCGUUCGGACUCCAACCGGGCUCAACUGCGUGCUGCGCGCUCUGGUGGUGAGGCAGCCAUCAGGUGCAUGGCGGACACCAUCACACAAGUCAUAGAUGACUAUUCCGAGGACUGGAGUUCAGGCGGCCAUUUUGGAGCCAGGAGGAGCCGUGCUAGUGGGAGGUCACACUCCUCAACCUCCUCAAGGAGUGACGUCACCCUCACCGAGGAGCUCCUGGCCCGGAGGGAAUCCCUUGAAGAGGACCUAGAGGAGAUGGCUGAUGACAGCACUGGUUUGGAGAAGACCAUUGUAAGCUCAGCCAUCUCUGCCAAGUCCCAGGAGAAGGAGAAGGAAGAGGCUAUGAAGGAAGAAGUGAGGAAGUCAGGAAAGAAGAGCCGAAGAAAUAAUAAGGACCAGAAGAAGAACAAGGUGUCUCCUCUUGGCAAUGAUAGUACUGUGGCUGCAGAUGAGCCGAAGAAAAAACAGGCUCUCUUCCCGCGGAUCACAGCUGCCCUGGCAAGACUAUUUUGUUUCCCCUGCAAAAAAAGAUGCAAAAAGUAACUGUGCAGAGAGGAGUUUGGGAAACCCUGAUACCACCUCCCCAACCCACUUUCUAAAAAAACAUCAGUGCCACCAGAAGAGGGAGACAACCCCCCCUAUUCACAACUCAUUUUUAUUACCCACCCCCAUUUAAUUUAA